CGCCGGGAGCGGCCAUGGGGAAGCUGCUGGCGGUGGCUCUCGUCGGGAUAGCGGCAGCCUUGGCGGUGGAGCGGCUGCUGGCCUUUCGGAACCGACUCAAUGCUUCACGGGAAAUAGCCCCAGUAACCCUCCCGAACUGCCGGCUCAUUAAAGGGAUCGAAACUGGUUCAGAAGACAUUGACAUACUUCCCAAUGGACUGGCUUUCAUCAGCUCUGGCUUGAAAUACCCAGGAAUAAAGAGCCUUGCACCAGACAAGCCAGGUGAAAUAUUUUUGAUGGAUUUGAAUGAAGACAAUCCCAGAGCAGUGGAACUGAGAAUCAGCCGAGGGUUUGAUCUGGCGUCAUUUAACCCUCAUGGAAUCAGCACCUAUGUAGACAGAGACGACACCAUGUACCUCUUUGUUGUGAACCAUCCCCAUCAGAAGAGCACAGUAGAAUUGUUUAAAUUUGUAGAAGAUGACAAUUCUCUUGUACACCUGAAAACCAUUCGACACGACCUUCUGACAAGUGUGAAUGAUAUAGUAGCUAUGGGACCAGACAGCUUCUAUGCUACCAAUGACCACUACUUCUCCGACUUCAUCUUGAUGUUCUUGGAGAUGUUCUUGGGUUUAACUUGGUCAAAUGUUGUUUACUACAGUCCAAAAGAAGUUAAAGAAGUAGCAGCUGGGUUUUAUUCAGCCAAUGGAAUUAACGUUUCACCUGACAGAAAGUACAUCUAUGUUGCAGAUGUAUUUGAUCAUAACGUCCAUGUUAUGGAAAAACAUGCUAAUUGGAGUUUAACCCAUGUGAAGACGCUGCAGCUGGACACUCUGGUCGAUAACUUGUCUGUUGACCCUCACACUGGAGACAUCUGGAUAGGAUGUCACCCCAAUGGGAUGAAGCUGUUCUACAACGAUCCUGAAAAUCUGCCUGCCUCUGAGGUCCUGCGCAUCCAGAACAUCCUCUCGGAGGAGCCUGCGGUGACGCGUGUCUACGCUGACAAUGGCUCUGUCCUGCAGGGAAGCUCAGUGGCAUCCGUCUACGAGGGAAAACUGCUCAUCGGCACAGUCUUCCACAGAGCUCUCUACUGUGAGCUAUAGCUUGUCACGGGUAAGAUCUGCUGCAGUGGAAAGGAUUUAAUUCCUUGGGAACUCACUUAGUUUCUGCUAGAUUUGCUAACAACAAGACUGUUCCAAUAAAGGUUAACUAGAGUAAUGGAAAUGUAUUUUAGCCUUCCUCUCCAAAAUGAGAGUUUUACGCAAUAGUGAAGGAAAUGGAACUGAAGGUGAGAAAUUAGUUUAUUUGUGUAAUGGGGAGGACCCCAUGUCAGUAACAAAGGGUAACCUUGAAGUUCAAAUUCAGAUUACAAAUGACUAAACUGUCAGACAUUGAAUUAUCUGUUGCGACUGGAUUUCUGGUUUUUUUUUUCCCCCAGAGAAAACUGAUUUUGUAAAUGAGAAUUGCUAACUACCAGCGUGGUGUGCUUUCUUGUCACUGACCCCUGGGCUUUCCCAGGGACUGUGCUAAGGGUUCUUCUUCCAAACCUUCCUGUUGGCUUUCCCUAAUGCUUCCGAAAUAACUGGAAGGAGAAUAAAUGUUAUUUCAGUCUCAUUUCUUCCCUCUUCCCCCUUUUCCCAACAUUACUUCAGUUUCAUAAAUUUGUCUUCAUCCUACUGAAAAAAGAGGAAGGCAUUGCUUCAGAGUGGUUUCUUACUGAGUCUUCUAAAGGGAGUUUAAAAAAGCCUUUUUUUCCUUAGAGUGGGAGACAACUCCUGAGCACCUUCAGUGAGAAGUGCAUUAGCAAUUACUGUUGUCUGUCACUGCAAAGGGAGCACUUCUGGGCGCUUUGCUGCAGGGACUACCCCUGAGUGUUGGUCAUGAAUGUUCUGUGUUUAACUUCCAGUCUGUAUGGAGCCGAUUCCCGCUGUGCUUUUGUACAGCAAGGCACCCGCUUCACGUUUAUCCAGCGGCAGUAACUGAUAACGUUGUGCACUGCUAAAAGACCUAUCCAGGUUUCCAUCAGCUGGUGUUUUUAGAAUGGUGUUAGUUAGCAAUCACUUGCAAUAAACUGAAAUGAGUGUCCUUUGAAGCUGGAAAUCAGUUUUGUGCUUUACGGUGUGCACAGCAAGAUGCCAGUCUGGCAGCAGCCCCUGUUUGAGCCACCACUUGGUUUCCUGCCUGUGGAGCAAGCUCUUCUUUCAUUAGCGUAGAUGUCCUUACCCACAGAGCAGCUCCUGCUGCUCUUUUUGUCCUCCGAGUUCCCACCUCCGAUCACUGCUCCGGUUUUGUGAGAGAUGCUGGCAUCCAGCUAAAGGCUCCGUGUUAUCGGUGGCGGCUCCCCUGCCGGGGCUGCCACUGUGCUGCCUGCACCUGCCUGCGCUUGCACUUCUCAACAGCUCGGCUGCCCCUCCGAAUGGUGUCACCAGACAGACCUGCCCGGGGGCCGCCAUCCCCUCUGCAUCCUUCAGGUGAUACGGUAGCGUUUCCUUGCUGCUGUUCUUCCACCACUGUGUGGAGAAAAAAGGCAGGCUGCUUGUGAAGCGCGAGCUCAGGAGGAGAAAGAGCCAGUCCCUGGGUGCUAAUUGCUAUUCUGGCUUUGCUGUUCCCUCCUGCGGUCUGCUUCACCACCAGCCACUGCCCCCUCCGAUCUGGAGAGUACAGGGAAAGUCCAGUACUUUGAAAACACAGGAGCGCUUCUGCCUACAAGAUAGAGCAAAUAACCCAUUCUGUAGCGGCUUGAACACUGAGACAGGAGCCAGAGUAUGUGCAAACCUUCAUCUGUCUUUGGGUUUUGCCAUUCUGGCUGAGAGGAGGCGUUGCUGCGGGCUAAGGUUUGGGUGAGCAGUGGCCCUGAACAGCAAAUGUGUGUACUGACACCUCUUCGCUCCUGCGCCUUUCCUUCCUAACACAAACAAGCCUAAUGGCUUUCAUCCACUGGUAUAAAGGAGUUACUGCUCCUUCUCCAAGGCAAAGGGACAGCUCUAACCAGAGCAAGGAUUUCGUGCCAGGGCUCGCGGCUGGGGCUGCAUUGCUGUACGGGAGGGACGGUGCCAUCCCCCUUCCUCUGCACAGCUGCAGUGGGCUGUGGGUCUUGCCACAUCACCUCCCGUCCCCGGAGAGCAUCUGCUCCGCCCCGAGCCCCGCGCCGCCACCGGCUCGCUGGCGCAGACACUGUGGUGCAAGGCACGUCCCUGGGCACAAGAAGUUGUGUGAGGUUUAAGAACUGAGCCAGCGGCAUGUCGGCUCGGUUGCUGCGCCCUUCUCGAUGCUGGCAGCUUCCCACUGCUGCCAUGCCAGACAACUCUUUCACCCCCGCAUAGCAAUAGUGGUUGCUGGUAUUUGUGAUGUUUUGUAUACAAAUAGCACAUGCUGCAAGGGUCUCGUGAUGGCUAGAGGGGGAGACGUAAGCUUUAGGGUUAACCAUGCGGCUAAUUGACCUUGUCUCUUGGGCACGACAUGCAUUAGCAGGUCUGUGCACAAACUGCGUUCAUACUUCCUCUCCAAAAUGCCCACAGUUGAUCUGGGGACUUGAGCGCUGCCCAGGGUUUACCAUCAGCCUGUGAAGGCUUUGGUGACAGGGACUCAUCUGUUUGGAUCAUGGUUUCAAGUCUUUUGCUAACCACGGCGUGCAGACAGCCCUUCCACAGAGCAGAGCCGGCCCUCAAGGAGGGCAGCUUUUGUCUCACCCCUUUGCUGGACUCGCCUUUGGCAUCAGCUGACUGCACCAAGCACUCGAGAACGUAAUUUACUGUAACUCUGGCUUUGCCACUCCUUCCUUAGGAACUUCUCUCCCUGCAGAACAUUUUCAGCUUCCCUGGGAAGUGGCGUGCUUUCCUACAGGAACUUGUAAUCCAUUUUCAGCCUUGAGGAACAGCCGUUGUUCCCAGACCCCAAGCAGAAAAAACUGCUCUGAAGGAAUUUCUCACAAUAAGGAGAGAUUGGGCUAUUAACUUGUUCGUGAUUAGCCAUCAACGUCCUGCACUAGCAUUUUAAAAUUUUUAGGCUUGUGCCACUAUUUGUUCUCAAGUAAAUUAAGUGCCAUCUUCUAAAGAGUUAGCAUUUUGCAGCAGUGGCAGUAACACAGCUGAAAUAGUGGCCAGUCACUCUGCUAGUCCUGGAUUUACUCUGUGGUUGUAGAAGUGUAACAGCCAGCAUUUCCCUCAGCAGUGGUAGUAGUAACCCAUCAAAACAUUAAUUUCACGUUUUCCAGUAGCUUAGAACAUCUUCAAAUGAGCAAAUCUACAUGUUGUUGGAUCUUGUCAAACUUCUACUUUCUUGUUGAUUUUGGCCUUUCAGAAAAUAAAGAAUGUGUUCACUCGU